AUGUUCUCCCUGGAGAGUGUACUGGAAUCUCUUCCAUUGUUUGAAGAGGAGACAGCACUGAAGUAUUCCAAAGGAGCACGAAGGAAAGGCGACGGCUUCCGCUACGAAGAGAUGGUCAUCGCGCUGGUCUUCCUCCGCUGCCUCAGGAAGCGGCUCCCCGACUUCGAGCUGACGUCCGACAACUACUAUGCGGGCAGGUUUGACGACAUUGUCGUUACGUGGAGGGGAGACCGUCACAGGUACGCUUUGCUCGUGCAGCUGAAGCACAAGACGUCGACAGAAUACGAAAAGAUCAAAAAGGGCCAUCUGUUCUCGACGAGUGAUAACAAUAAAUCCGAUUUCAACAUUUGGAAGUACAACAAAUCUUUCAGAAGCGUUAAAAAGAAUCUAAACGGCGGUCAGUACGCCCUGGUGCUCCUAACUAACGUCCCACUGCACGAUAAUGCCUUGGGAUUCUUUACGGAGCGGCGGACGACCUCCGUCUUGGGGGCGGAUCUCCUUGAGGCCGGUGGCAGAGUUUAUAAGCUCGACACCAGAGCAGUUUCUGGGUGUGACCCCGAUUUCAUGGAACAUUUUUUCAUGUUCUGUAAUCAAAAGAGCGUCAACGAAAUAACGGACGACAUAUGCGCAGAACUCGUACACCUACUGGGGCCUACGGACAGCUACGAGAGAUUGUGUGAAGAACUGUGCAGGUGUGUCAUGGAGUGGAAAGAUACGCCGAGCGAAGAGCGAGAGAGCAUUAGUGGUAGCUGGACCAAAUGGCGAGGUAUCGUUCGCCAGCACAGAGUGACCAAGAUCAACGACUGCGAUCGCUUGACGACGAGACUGAAGUUCCGCAGUGUGGAAGGUGUUCGCCGGUAUGUGGACAGUGCCAACCCCGCCUGCGUGAGACCUCUGUCAGCUGACACCGUGGCUCUGACAGUCACUAAGGUCCACCAAGCAAUACACCCGGAAACGCACAUUAUGGUGAACGUCAAACGAUUCAGGGAGUCACAGUUGGGUGUUCUUCGAUGGUGGGGUCCCUCCUGCAGAUGGCUGGUUCUCGUAGACGAUGAUCAAGAGGAAAGAAGACAAUGCCUUAACUUGCUUAACAAGAUGAGAGUGCACCUACAAGAUGGCCGUCGUCUGAUUGUUGUGUCAAUGAGAGAAGAGGCAUCUUUCAAGGACUCAUUCUGGUGUGGCGACGUCAGCGAUGAGAGCUGGGACGAUCUCAUGCUUACAAAAAUCAGGCUCAAUGGGGCUAAGCGUAAAUGCCAGCUAGGCGAGCUUGUGUCGAAUACAGCAGAGCUCCAGAACCUGCUCAAACACAGGUUAUCCUGCUUGAUCGCACUCGCAAGGAACUCGGGCUGUGUGAAGCUGGGCCAAACAUUCGAGCCCCUAUCAGAAAACUAUGUGCCAAGGCAGUUGGUUACACAACAGUACGUGAAGGACGAAUUCUUCUCAUCCCUGGCUGUGAGAGAUGUAUGUAUUGCAGAUAAUAGUACCUGUCGGAUACUUUUAGAGAAACUGGGCUACCUUAUGAAGAAUUACAAAGUGUGCACCCUUGGGGAAUUGGAGAAAUACCUUGCUUUGCACAUGUCAGUGCCCAUUUUGGCUAAAACUGAAAGUAUUGAUAUUAUCGCCCUUGAAAGGAUAUGCAGAAAAUACAAAGGGCUACAUAUGUUUGCAGUAAAGCACACUGAACGUGGGUGGAAUGUACAGUACUUCCUUGCUGGAAGUGGUAGGGUCCGACACUAUGUCAGAGAGCAGACAGUACAGCUCCUGGAAGCACUGGAUGCUUUCAAUAACAAGAUAAUUGUCGAAGGCAGACCUGGGAUUGGCAAGUCAACAAUGCUGUUGCAUCUAGCUACAGAAGUGAAACAAAAUAACCCAAGCAGCUGGGUUGUACAGAUAGAUCUGAGAGAAUGCUACGAAAAGUUUGAGAAGCAUAUGAGUGCUGAGGAAGUCAGGGGACUUUUCCUGCAGAGUGUGAUGUUCAAUGAAGGGGAACUGGCUGAGCUUGAGUUCAACUUGCUCCAGCACUGUCUUCAGAAUUACAAAAACAUGGUGUGUCUAGUGGAUAACUUCGAGGAAGUGUGUCCAGACUAUGCAGAGGUGUUUCUUCAAGCUCUGAGGCUUCUAUCACCCAGCCGAGGCAAACUGGUGGUGACGACACGGCCGGCUGCUGCAAGGUUGUUGGAAGAUCAUCUGGGAUCACUGGUGCACUUGCUCCCCGCUUUCAGUGAUAGCCAACUCCAGAAAUACCUUGGCAGGUUUCGACCUAGAGCGCUCAGAUGGAGAUUCGACGGCUUAGCGACACCACUCAAGAAUCUACUGAGAAUCCCACUGUAUGCUGAAAUGUACAGGGACCUGAUGGAGGUCGGAACAGAGUCACAUGACACUGUAGCCUUUUGUGAAGUCUUUUUCCACUACAAGUUUGGAAAACUGUAUGUAGAAAACUUUGGGGACAAGUUGUCUGACCCUGGAAAGAGGAAGGAAGUGAAAAUGUUAUGGAGGUGCCACGAGGCCAAGCUCAAGCGUUUAGCAGGAUUACUUCUGGUGCGAAACAAAGAAAUCCUUCAGUCACUUAUACAGUCGUCUGGGGGUGACAGUUUUGUAAAAGCUGGAAUAGUGCAUCAGCUGACCGGCGAGAAAUUGCUGUUCGAGCAUAGGACAUUUGCCGAAUAUUUCCUCGCAAAGUGGUGUUUCUCAGAUGCCAGCCAAAAGGCCUGUGCAGCAGUGUACAGUACUGCUCAGUCGGGGAGGAACUUGGAGUUUUUUGUGGAGGUGUUUGACCGCAUGGCGAGUCGGGGACGACACCUGCUAAGUUUGUUGCUAGAUGGUGAUGAGAGAAGAGUGAGAGCGUUGCUGCAGGCGGGUGUGGGUCUGGAAGAGAGGGACAUUUGGGGGCGCAAUGCACUUCACCUCGCAGCUGCCAAAGGAGUCGAAUCAUCACUGCUGCGACUCUUGUGCCAGAAGAUAAAGGCAGCUCUGGCAAAGGAGGAUGGUCUCCUACACUGGACACCACUGCAGUAUGCAGCUAACAGGGGCCACUGGGACACAGUGGAAACUCUGCUACAGGCUGGUGCUGAUCUGAACCAGUUGGUCAACAUUCAGAACACUGUGUCACUCCUCCUCUUGAGUAACAACUACAGAGUCAAUGGUCUUCUACAGAACUUGCUUGUGAGAAGCAGAGGAAGAUGGUCCUUUCAAGGUGCUGAAUACUCUGGGAGAUCUACAGUAAAGCAGAAAGGAGGAGUGUGAAUGUGGAUGCACUGGAGGCUAGGAUUUUAAAGAUUACAAGAACUAGUAUACAACCAGGACAGAGCUUCACAUUGCAAUACAGACUGGUUGUGAAGAGAGAGUCAAAAGCUCACAAUGUGGAGUGCAGACUUAUAUGCACAAGAUGAGAGCGGGGCAACUGCACUACAUUGUGCAGUGUACUUGAAUGGGAUAAAUUGUAUAGAGCUUCUUAUUGGUGCAGGUAUAGAUAUUGGAGUGCAGGAUGGCAACUGGGAGACAGCUCUGCAUUUAUGCAGUGGAAGUGGAAGCCUCAGAUGUUGUGAAGCUACUUACUGAGGCUGGUGUGUUUCUAGGGGACAGCACUAUGCUGCAGUAGGAAAAGUGCUCAGCUACUGCUAAGUGUGGACGACUUGCACCUCAGUGCAACUCUACUAAAUGCUGCAGCAAAAGCAGAUGAUGGUGACAUCAUCAUCAUACUUACUUAAGUUGGUGCAAAUCUUAAGGCAUAUGAUGAUGAUGAUGAUGAUGAUGAUGAUGAUGAUGGAAUGUCAGCUUUUCACUAUGCUGCACUGCAGGGCUGUGUAAAAUGUGUUCGGUUGAUUGCAUGUCAGGAUAGAGUAGAAUAUGCUUCAGUGUCUGUUAGUGAUGACACAGAUGUGAACAUGAGGGACAAAGUCAGUGUGACUCCUCUCCACUAUGCAACAGAAGAAACUUCCUCACUGUUGAGUUACUUAAUGAGUCCAGAGAACUUCUACAUACCUAUAACAAGGAUGGAAUAAUGGCCUUGCCCUCUACUGUAACCUGUGUCCGGCCACCCCGAUUUACGUUUUCUGCGAUCUCCCUAAAUCACUGAAAACAAGUGCCAGGAUGGUUCCUUUGACAGGGCAUGGCCAACUUCUUUCCCCACCUGUCCCUAAAACGAUGGGACUGAUACCCUCACUCUUUGGUCCGCUCCCCCAAACUGACCAACCAACCAACCUAUGCUACAGCUUGGGACAGUGCAGAAGAUGCUCAAAUUGUUGUUAGUGAUUUCAUAUACAUAAAUGUGCCAGACAAGGAAAGUGCAAAACUGUUGAACUAUGCAGCGUGUGCACAUAAUGCAGUGUGUGCUUCACUCGCUGCCCUUGCUGGUGUAGAUAUGCGUGUGCAGGACAGAGGUGAUCUCACAGCUCUCACUAUGCAGAAUGGAUUUAUUUCAACAACAGUGCUAAUACAGAUGUGAAUAUUCAAGACAAAAAGAUCACAAUGGCAGUGCACUAAGCAGCAGAGUCAGACAACUAAAUUCCUUUCAGGAAGGCCAAACUAAGGGAGGGUGCGGCAGAAUGUGAUGAGCUGCUGCUGCCACUGGGUGCACAUUCAGACACCUGAGACAAGUGAGGAACACUGGGCUUCACAGUGUUGUGUCUGCUGGCUGCUGGGAAUGUGGCCGAGGACAGAAAUGGUGAGGCAGCACUGCUCUUUGCUGUAUCAGCACACAGCUCAGUGUGCUUCACUCUGCUGCUACAUUCUGUUGCCACAGGUUCAAUGUCUUGAAAAUAGAAGAGGGUAAUAGUCCCAAGGAAACGAAUAAAUAAUUAUGAAAGUAGUUUGCAAAGCAGUUCAUGACUUAUUUUUUCUCAUUACUGCCACUGGUAUUUUUUUUUAGUUUCUAAGCACUCUUUACUGUUUUAGCAUUCAAACAAUGGAAACUCCAGGUCAAAAUAUCAACAAUAUAAGGAAAACAUAGGUUGUUACUCACCAUAAAGAUAGCUCGGUGAGUUGCAUACGGGCACAACAAAAAGACAUUUACACAUUAGCAUUUGGCCAAAGCCUCCACUGGGAAAGGAAACACGCACAUGUUAUUCACACAAACAAGCACAUUUCACUCACGCAGGACUGCCAUCUCUGGUUGCUCAGACUGGAAUUCAGCUGGCACAUAGAACAGAAGCAGCAAUCUAGAUGGGACGGGAAAGAGAAAGGGAAUAGGAGGGAUUGGGUGGGUGGAAAGAAGAGCCCUGUCUGCCGGAGUGUGAAGGGACUAGACUGCCAACUGACACAGCGUCAGGAGACUGUGGGGCAGGGAUGUGGAGGGGGGGGGGGGGGGGUGAAAGAGUGAAAAAGGAGAGGAGCAGGGACAGAUGGGUGGGUGAUUUGACAGAGAGUGGCAAGCAAAGAGGGUCGGGAGAUGUCAGUAGCGAGGAGGCGAUAGAACGGAUGGGGUGGAAACUGUUAGAUGGAGG